ACAUAAUGAAGAUUAAUAAAUGCCACACUUGUUCACAAGUAGUUCCCUUUAUCCAUGCACAAGAGUGACAUGCGCCCCGUGUGAUUAAGUAUUUUGUUCAUGUGAUCCAUGUUCUAUUGACAUAUGGAACAUGUGACCAUUAGUUUUCUGUGUAUUUAUUUUGAGUUUCUGUGUCUCUGAGUCUCCGUGUUGUCCUGUCUUCCCCUUGAUUGUUCCCAGGUGUUUCUCGUUCUGUGAUUACCCUCUGUGUAUUUAAUGCCACCUGUGUUCCUGUGUCUGACGCUACACCCUAGUCGUUUAUUCUAGUCAGCUGUUCUACCGUUGUCCAUUGGUUUCCUCCAGUUGCUACCGGUGUUGAGUCCUGGCUUUCAGCUCAGCCGUGCUGCCUGGUUAUUGGACUGUAUUGUGGAUUAUUUUCAUCAUUAAACCAUCAUCGCUCACCUCUACCUGGACUACAGGAAGCUCUUGGUUCGCCUUCAUCUUCUUAAAUAGAAAAAGACCAACGUCCAUAAAGCAAGACAAAAACAGAAAGGCAAACGUGGAUUUGUUCAGAUGGAGGUGUUGGAGUCGACUGAAGACGGAGCGGCGAUGCUGCAGCCUAAGAUGAGCCUCGGUGACGCGCUGUGACUUCAUCUUGUUCCUGGAAGAAGAAAGCUCUCACACCGGCUCUUCUCGCUUUCUCAGCCUCGUUGAGGGAGCUGAAAUUCGGAGGGAUGGAGACAGCGAGCGCAUAUGGAGCCAUGAAGGCCGGGAGAGUCCUCUUCGAUCCGGUCGCCUUUUUCACGCAUCCCCGCACCAUCCUCAGACUGCUAUCGUGGGUUUUCUCCAUCGUGGUGUUCAGCUGCAUAGUGAACGAGGGUUACAUCAACAUCGGCAGCGAACGUUUACUGUGUGUCUUUAACAAAAAUGCUCAUGCCUGUAACUAUGGCAUGACUGUGGGUGUGGCCUGUUUCCUUGGCAGCACCUGUUUCCUGAUCCUGGAUGUUUACUUCCCUUCUAUGAGUAACCUCAAGGACCGAAAACGAGCGGUGCUGUUUGACCUCAUCUUUUCUGGAGUGGCCAGCUUCCUGUGGUUUGUUGGAUUCUGUUUUCUGGCCAAUCAGUGGCAGGCCACGUCUCCAGAUGAGCUGCCAUUGGCCCAGGGGUCAGACGCUGCCAGAGCUAUUAUCACGUUUUGCUUCUUUUCAACCCUAAGCUGGGCCGUGUUGAUGCUGAGUGCUCUUCGGCGCUACCUAACUGGCAGCAAUACAAACUUAUUCACCUGGCAGCACCUUGACCCUCCUCCAAGCAACAUCCGAGCCACUCCCUACCCCAUCCCCAACGGAGGCACCAUAGUUACCACUAACCCCUACCAAGCCACUCCCUUCACUGAAACCUUGGACCCCCAGAAACUCACACAGCAUAGACCGGUAGCUCCUGCUUUUUAGAAACUCAAAAAGAGAAGAUUUGAUCUGAACGACACAACGCACUGAGCCCGCCCUAUUGGUUUUAUUGGGACUCCAUCCCCUCCAGGGAGCAGUUAGAUCCAUUUUCACCAUUUCAUACACACACAGAUGUUGAUGCACAUGAGUACAGAUGUACUUACUCACUUAACACCUGUUACACACCUGGAAACAGCACACAGAUUCACACUGAGCAACAUCCUGGCUGCAUGGCUGAAGUGUAGAUUAACAUAGAUGUAGACCAGUAAAGAUGCCUGACCUGCCUUAUGAAUGGACACCGUGGAGAGAGACGUGGAAGCUUUGUAGCUCUUCAUUAAACUCAAGCUGGUCACCCAGCAGCUGAAGGUAUGACCAACAUAUUGUGAGAUGAAUGCAAGAAACAGCAGAACUUGAAGAAAAUAGUUUCUUGACAGUGUGAAAUAUUAAUGUGAUUAAAUAUUUUAUUGUGAUUUGUUGAAUUAGUAAAGGAAAUAAACUGUACUUCUCAACACCA